AUGACCAAAAAAAGGAGAAACAACGGUCGUGCCCAAAAGGGCCGCGGCCAUGUGCAGCCAAUUCGCUGCACUAACUGCGCCCGCUGUGUGCCCAAGGACAAGGCCAUUAAGAAAUUCGUCAUUCGGAACAUCGUCGAGGCGGCUGCCGUCAGGGACAUAUCCGAAGCAAGUGUCUUCGACGCUUAUGUGCUCCCCAAACCCUAUGUCAAGCUGCAUUACUGUGUGAGCUGUGCUAUUCAUAGCAACGUGGUCAGGAAUCGAUCCCGGGAAGCUCGGAAGGACCGAACACCCCCACCACGAUUUAGACGUGCUGGUGCUGCACCACGACCCCCCACCAAAGCCCAUAUGCUGCUUGGGGCCUGCAGAGGCCAGGAGAGAACAUCAAAACCCCUAGAACUAGAGUUGUAG